AUGGCAUCGACAGCAGCCCCAGCAGAGCCAGGCUUACCAGCAACAGGCUCACCACCACCGCCCAACCCAAAGAUGCCGGCCACCUUCGAUCGAUGGUUCUGGACUUCUGACUACCGACGUGGAGCGACGAUCCUGUUCGAGAAAAUCAAUGCUGGGCUCAAAGAAUCACAAGAGCUGAUAGCCUUCAUCCGCAAACGAGAAUCAUUCGAGAGAGCUUAUGCGCACGAGCUUCGCACCCCGACCCCAAUAGACCCCGAAGGCUUCGGCUUUGAUGACGGAGCCUCGUUCCUAUCAGUCUACAAGCAGCUGCGCUCGAGCCAGACCGAUCUGGCAGAUGCCCAUGCCAGACUGGCCCUCCAGCUCGAUCGACUCGUCAUCGGGCCCUUCGAGACUUGGUCCCGAGACCAUCAGGAACGGAUCACCAAAGCGAUCGAUCGGGUCGAACUCAUCCUGUCCAGAUGGGAGAAACAGGCCAAGGAGGUGGUCAAACUCAAGGAGAUUUAUGACAGCAAGACCCAGGAGGCCGAUGAAGCCGAGGAGGACUCCCGCUUCUCGCCAGCCGGUGGGAUGAACCAUCACCAGGGAUUCCCCUCCAAGGAGCAGCUCCUCAGCCGCACAAGCGAACACACCCUCUCUGAAUCUGCCGCCUCCCCAAGAGAAACUUACGGCCAAAUCAGCAAACUCGUCAGCGAACAAGCCAUCGGUCUCAGUCGGGCCGUCACACAAAAGAUGAGGAUCCAGGAUGGUAGACUGGGCUUCAAAGCUCAGAGCUUGAGCGAAUCAGAUCAUCAAACAACCCACGAGAAAACAAAAUCAAACAACUCUCCGCCCUCUGCCGCCGGCGAGAAGCCGUUGCCCCAAUCACCCAGCGCAAUCGACUCCAGCCAAUCGCACCCGAACCCUGAAAAGGGUAAAUCGAAGGAGGAAAAACACAUGACUGCGCCCGCGAAAAGUAUACAGAGUAGUACUUUAUUAAAUAUUGCUGGGGUGGUCAAACCACCAAUCCAAUGGAGCCAACUCUUCCAAAAGGCUCGUGACACGAUUUUCAAGCAGAGUAUCAAGGUCCCCUUACUUGGAACCUAUCAGGGCGCUCACUCGGGUGAAGAUCUAGUCAUUUUCUUCAAAAAUAACCUGUCUGAAUUAAAUGGAGAUCCCGAUCGAGCAAUCGAAUUCUGUCGAGAGCUUUCACAGCAGUUAUCCAUUCUCCGCUUGAUCGGUGAGAUCGGCAACAAAUUCAUCGCGUCUCAUGAUGCAUUCUAUGUAUGGAAACCCGAGGCGUUUACCCUACACAGUUUGAGCACUGAAAGUGGAUUCGAAGAGAGUCUGACCGACUUGCCGGAAAGAAGACACUUGAAAUCAACCUCCUUAACCGAUUCGCCAUCUCGCUCCCCGCGGCUUGCUGCCCCGAGCAGUCAGACCACUAGCCCCAACGGACUCGAGGCAGCGAAUAAACAGGCCACUGUGACGGGAUCUGCUCUGGGAAAAUACCUUCAAACGGCAGUCAGUCAGGCUGCCAAGGGGAUCAAUGAGCUCAGUGCGACAGUAGGCGUCUCGACGCCGAUCUCGGCUGAAUCGCCGGGUGAGACUCGGGCCGAACGGCUCGGUCGAGAGGCGCGCUCCGCCGAGAAGGCUUACUCGACCGGUGUGCACCGCCUGGAUCACACUCGACUCCUGCUCGAACAGACGAUAUCGGAAUACUUCCAAUUCUUGCAACGAUGUGAGCUCGAUCGGCUGAGGGCUGCCAAGGCUGUCAUCAUGGGCUUUAAUGCCGCUCUGGCCACCCUGAAUCCGAAGAUGGAAAAGUUGGCGGCGGAUGCAGUGGUCCUGAACGAAAGCUUCUCCCCCGAAGGUGAUGUGUCCGCCUUGGUCGAAAGGUAUCGAACCGGCCCCUUCAGACCCUCGCCAGUCCUUUUCCACAGCUAUCGAAGCCAUGAAACGAGAGUUAACUUCGGGAUUGAUUUGAGCAAGUGGCAUAACUGCCAACAUGUUGAUUACUCCGAAGAUUUCAACGAUGUACCCCCUAUCUUAACACGCUUGAUAGCUCUUCUCGAGAAAGGCUUACCUAGAUUGGCCAACGAUGAUGAACGAAGGAUGACGUGGAUCUACGAGGUCCCUUUGAAGGCGAUUCAUGAAUUACGAGAAGCGUUGAACGAUCCCUACAGGUCCACUGUCAGUGACAAACAACUAGAGGCCUUUGACCCUCCAUUGAUUGCUGCGACGAUCAAGCUCUGGCUUCUAGAGCUCGAUCCACCACCUGUCCACUCCUCGAGAUACGAUGAUGUCAAGGCAAUUUACCCUCAGAGGGCUGGCAUCGAAACUCGAUCAGUCGAUGUCCGAGUAGAAGUAUUGGCUGCCCUGUUGAGCAAACUUCCAAAACCCCAUCUCAUGGUCAUCGACACCGUCAUAUCCCAUCUACGAAAUUUGUUCAUUUCAACCAAGUCUUCAGAGGAUGACGAGCUUUACCUUGCUAAACUUGGUCUAUCAAUUGCUCGAACUCUCCUGAGACCAAAGGUAGAAACUGCAGUGUCCCUCAGUGACCGAUUCCAACCGCUGUUUGUGGUAGAUCUGAUCAAGUAUUAUGAGCGGAUCUUGCCCGUUGCGAUCGGAUUGAGAAACAAAAUGAUGGGAAACGAGGUUGGAAAGAAGCCGCAGAGGAAGAAUACCCGGCCGACUGACAUGAGGAUUCGUAGGAGUGAGUUGGGUAUCGAAGGCUCUAUCCCCGAUAAUAAGGCCCAAAAAAUCUUAGCCGAUCAGCGCAGAAGAGUUUCACAGGUUGAGGCCUCGAUCAAUGCCGCCAAGUCAGGGGUUGUCGCAAGUCCAACAUCACCUCAAUCAGUGAUUGUAAGAUCGGUGCCAGCUACAGCAGAAAACUCGCCCGUUGAAACUAAGACAAAUAAAAAGAGUAGCGAGGAGGAUUGUUUAUCGAAAGAGAUCAAUACGCAUGAACUGUCGGUGGAAGAAGAGAAAACACUCCAAUCGCCGCCCGUCGUGGUCAAUGAAGUGGUAUUCUCACCACCAGCCCAAGUCACUUCCAUCCAGUCUCCAGACCAAACUUCAUCUGUUCAAGAGCAGCACCCGACGGGGCAGUCGCUAGUCGGUCAGCCGCUAGAAGUAUCCGACGACGAGGAGGCACGAGAUGCGCCGUUUGUUCCUCCGACUCAAAGCGGCGACAAUCCCGUCGAUUUGCCGUUUGUCCCGCCAACGAUGACCAAUUCGUCGCUGGCCAAUGAGAUUAUCUCCUCUUAUGGAGAGGGGGCAUCAUCUUCUGAGAUCGACGAGCAAGACAUCCCGCUGGCUGCCAAGGCAAACCUUAACCGGCUCAGCUCGCAUGAGAAGAUCUCGCCUGGCGGCGCCUCUCUCAACCGGAAGCGAGGACUCGUCGGCAGCCCAAAGACCCGUAACCCUGCCGGAAAACUCGCUCACCCCGCUGGCUCGCCCCCUCUGCUUCCAUCCGGCCCCGCUCAUAGUAAAGGCGCACCCUCCGUCGGUAGCUUGCGCUCCCAAUUUGAAUCUUCAACUACUGUUGCUGCUAGUAACAGACAAUCCCUGAACUCCGCCGCCGCCGCCUCCGACCCCUCUAAUCCUAUUCCUAACCGGUACCGUAGAGCUCAUUCCAAAGUUUGA